GCUGGAGUUUUCGUUUCAGGAGGGGCGUAUAGGCCUAUCAAGCCAGUGGUGUUCCAGGAAGGAAACUAGCAGGCAAACUCAGCUAGCUCAGCCUACUCCGAGGAAUGGAAUGCACCCGGAACUUCGGAUCCUCCUUACAGCCUCCUCAAAGGCACAUCUCGGAUUCAGCGUACCUGUGCGCUCCUUGUCUCAGUUGUUUCAUGUGACCGGACUAGUCUACCGGGCCCGAACUAUGUGAUAAUUAUUAUACAGGACACUGUCUGAAAAAUGGCGUCUCAGGUAGAAUUCGGACCGAGCGAACUUUUGGAAAUAGACAUAUGUGACGAUGGCAUCUGCUCUGAAGAGGAGAGCGGCGUUUUUGUUAACUCAGGUGCGUCAUACACAGAUGGGUUCGCCGAGUUUCACCAAUGGGUUCCCGCGACCAAAAGCGGCUUGUCUGAUAUAAAGAACUUAGAAAAUAAUGCAAACUGCGUAAGUGGAGUUAAACCUGUUUCCAGUUGCAUGCAGAUCCCAAAUGGCACUGCCAAUGCAAACUGCAGGAAAAGCGUGGCUUCUGUGGGCAGUGACUAUUUGGAAGAUGAACCAAGGUCCGUAUCCCGUGCCUCUAUAGUUGACUGUCUCCUCGUUGAGCUCUAUGACACCUACAGCAGCUACAACAGAAAAGGUGUGGAUAGCCUUGACAGUUCGACCGAAGCAUCCAGUUCGGAUGCAUUUUUUGGGAGAAGCAAUACGGGAUCUAAUUUCCUGCAAGAACUUCAAGAGAAACACACUAAACGACAUCAAAUGAAGUACCUGGCCCAAAAAGACUCUGUGGAACUGAAGUGGAUUAUACAGGAAGUGAACUACCGCAUCGCCAACCUGUCGGCCAAGCUGGUGCGGCAGCUGAAGAGGAAGGAUCGUCUGCAUAAUAAAGUUCAGAAGAACUGUGACAUUGUGACGGCCUGCUUGCAAGCUGUAUCCCAGAAAAGACGAGUUGACACAAGAUUGAAGUUCACUCUUGAACCAUCUCUGGGCAAAAAUGGUUUCCAACAGUGGUACGAUGCCCUCAAAGCUGUAGCCAGGCUUCCCACUGGCAUCCCCAAAGAGUGGAGGAAGAGGGUAUGGCUGACUCUGGCUGACCAGUACCUUCACAGCAUCUCUAUAGACUGGGAGAAGACCCUGAGAUUCGCUUUCAAUGACCGUAGCAACCCUGAUGAUGAUUCUCUGGGAAUCCAGAUCGUCAAGGACCUGCACAGGACGGGCUGCAGUUCCUACUGUGGCCAGGAGGCGGAGCAGGACCGGGUUGUUCUGAAGCGGGUGCUGCUGGGGUACGCGCGCUGGAACAAGGCUGUGGGCUACUGCCAGGGCUUCAACGUGCUGGCGGCGCUCAUUCUGGAGGUUACUGAGGGAAACGAGGGGGACGCGCUCAAGGUGAUGAUUUACCUGAUCGACAAGGUGCUGCCCGACAGCUACUUCGCCAACAACCUGCGGGCGCUGUCCGUGGACAUGGCGGUGUUCCGAGACCUGCUGAGGAUGAAACUCCCCGAGCUCUCUCAGCACCUGCACAACCUGCAGAAGGCCGCCAAUCGAGAGGGCGGGGGGAGCUACGAGCCGCCUCUCACCAACGUGUUCACCAUGCAGUGGUUCCUCACCAUGUUCGCCACCUGCCUCCCCCACCACACCGUGCUGAAGAUCUGGGACUCGGUCUUCUUUGAGGGGUCUGAAGUCCUGCUGCGGGUUGCUCUGGCCAUCUGGUCCAAGCUGGGAGAACGGAUUGAGUACUGUCAGAGUGCAGAUGAGUUCUACAGUACCAUGGGCUGCCUGACCCAGGAGAUGCUGGAGCACGAUCUGAUCGACUCUAAUGAGCUCAUGCAGACUUUGUACUCCAUGGCGCCAUUCCCAUUCCCCCAGCUGGCCGAGUUAAGGGAGAAGUACACGUACAACAUCACCCCGUUCCCCGCCCCCGUCAAGCCCUGCUCCAGUCAGGGGGGUCGUGGACGGGACAGUGAGGAAGAGGUGGACAUCGAUGACGAGGACUCCUUGGUCAGUGCCCUGGGAUGCCUGGGGCCCAUUGGGGGGCUCCUGGCCCCAGAGCUGCAGAGGUACCAGAAGCACCUGAAAGAUCAGCGCGGGGAGCAGACCUUGCGGAGCAGUAACAUUGCGGAGCUCAGCCCCGGGGCCGUGGGGUCGGGGCGGGCCGAACACCAGGCUGCCAUCAACAGCAUGAUGCUGGAGCGCAUGAGCACGGACAUCAGCGCCCUGAAGAAGCAGUACUCCCGCAUCAAGAGACGGCAGCAACAGCAGGCCAGCCUGGUCUACAUACACACAGGGCCAGAAGUGGCCAGAGCCCCUGGGAUGCGCUCUGAUCCCACGGACCAGCAGAGUCAUGAUAAAUGCCCCGCCACCAGCCUCCUGGCCUCCCAGCUCCACGCGUCCCCGGUGGUGAACCACCUCCUCCUGGGGAAGAGGCUGAAGGCGGUGCAGAGGCCCCCCCGGAACGGCGUGGACCAGGCCCCGGGGGCUCACGCUGCCCCCCUGCCCCUCCCCCAGGCCCAGUCCAGCCCCGACGCCCUGAGAGGCAAGCUGAACUCGCCCUGGCGCGCGCAUGUCCGCACGCACAGGAAGAACGUGGCGCGGGCGCGGGCCCAGCUGGGCUACGGCGACACCGUGGGGCUGAUCCAGGAGCCGGGCCCGGGGGAGAGGAGCCAGAAUGACCUGGGGCUGGAGACCGUGGAGGUGGAGGUGGAGGUGGAGAGGGAGGAGGAGGCAGAGGAGGAGGAGGAGGAGGAGGAGCAGAGAGAGGUGGAGGAGGAGGUAGAGGAGGAAGAAAAGGGAGGGAUGGAGGAGGAAGAACAGGUGCGGGACGAGAAGGUAUGGACAGAGGAAGAGGAUGAAGGGGAUGAAGAGGAGGAACUGGAGGAGGAGGAGCGGAAUAGCUCUGAGUUAGAGGACACCCCGUCCCAUAAGGUAGAGGAGGGGAUGGGCCAGGUCCAGCAGCAGAUGGCCUCCCUGGAGCUGGACUCUGGGUCAGAACCGCCCUUUCUGACCGAUGAGUCGACUACUCCUGAACCCGACACCUCCGUCCCGGCCCUCCCUCCCCUCCCGCCCCCGCCCUGCCGCCGCAACGACUCCUCCAGCUCUGAGAGCGGCAGCUCCCUCCGCCGAACCCCGUCCACCUCCACCCCCACCACCCCGCUGGGCCCCCCCAGACCCCAGCACGCCUUCUCCCCCUUCCCCAUCGUCAAACCCCCCCGGAAAUCAGCCGCCGCCCGGAACCUGGGCCUGUACGGCCCCACCGCGCGGACUCCCACGGUGCACUUCCCCCAGAUGAGCAAGAGCGUCAACCGCGCAGCAGGGGGCGCCACCGGCUCCACCAGGAGGCGAUGACGAGCCGGGCCCGGCUGUAAGACCCCUCCGCUCCCCCUGCUCUGGUCUCUCUCCAGCACUUUCUGCACUUGUUUUCUAUUAAGUGCUCAACACGGGAUUAUGGAAAGUAUUACCACCAUGUUUAGGGGAGACUGGGGGAUGUGAGCAGCCAUUUUGCAGCUGCUGGAGUGAAGACGGUGAUUAUUCAUGUCGCGCUCUGAGCCGGGAUGUAACGGGGUUGAUUGACAUGAGCUUUGUGCCCGAGAAGACGUGGUGUGUACCUGGGAAGACAAAGUCGGCCACAGUGGUUAAGCAAAUCCUUUAAGGGCCUUGCGACUUGAAUGUUUUUCCCCCUACGUGUUUGCAAAUCCCCUCAAAUCCUGCACUGAAUGACAAUGAACUCUCCUCUCUUAGAGCGACUUCAAAAAAAAACACAGAAACCGAAUCGGAACGCCUUCAGCCUACAGUGUCGCUCGUCUGGGGAUUGUUAAAACUUUUCUACCCGACAAUGCUGCAUGUUGAUGUCACGUUUUACCUCCAUCACUCCGUCCCUGUCUGUUUGCUGUUAGCCGCCAUCGUGAGCGCCAGCAUAAACCUGCAGCUUUCCUCCGUGUUUGAUCAUUUCCGUACGUUCCCUGAGGGGUACAAUACAGACAGGUGAUGUAAUGCCUCGCUCUUCUCUAGCAUACGGGUUCUAGCCGCGGAGAACUCAGCGGUGCGUAUGGACACAUAAAUACGUGUUACAGCGCGUGCCUUAGGAAAAGUGUACUGUAGAAGGCGAGUGAAGUUCUGAAAGGAUAAAAUUCAUUUUCAUUCCGCACCAUUGCUUCGCUCACUCACAUUCACCUACUGUUCUUUUGAGCUUUCAGUGUCAUGGAGCUUCUGAGAUAUGGGCCGUGUGUCACCCCCUCAUCAGAUUUAUUAAAUAACUGCUGUGACAUCCUUGUUUUCGGCACCAAAAAGAGUGUGAUUAAUGUGUUUUUGUCAGUGUUAAUUUCUCCGGGACCAGCCAUUCACCGUUUGCUUUCAGUAAAUGCGUUUCAUACCUUGUAUGACAGCUGUGGUAUUAAUUGGAAGUCUUUGACUCGUCUUUUUAUUGUCGUUAGUUCGUGUUCUGCUUACGUCUAAAUGUCUCAAACCUUGAGCUGUAUGCAUGUGUGACAUGUCAAUUACACUAUAAACCUUUAAGGUGAAUUAUAUCGUCCUACAUUUAUGUUUUUUUGUAUGUUUUGUUUUGCCUGUAGGGGGCAACAAAAUAUACCAUAAAUUAUUAUUUCCCAUUAUCAGAACUCUCAAAGGGAUAACAUUAGGGCUGGUAGCUGAAUGCCAUUCUGUAAGUGCAUCUGGUGAGAAUGGAGUAGCGCUGUCUGUUACACUAAUGUGCACCCUUUAUGGUACAAUUUGAGACCUUUUUGGUUUCCACUUAACUGCACAUUGCACUUGAUUACAUACGAAUCAAGCUUAAAUCUGCCUAAAUGGUAGCGCAAUUUGGGCACGAAAUGGUGGGAGUUGUGUUUCACACCAUGUUAAUGAAGUUAUUUGUUGUAGGUGUUUUUGAUGAAAGACUGUUAGUUUUGGUUUUAUUGAACCAAAACAUGUUGUGGCAUAGUGUAUUGUAAGCAUGAUGUCAAUUGUUCUAUGCCCAGACCCACCCUCCUCCCAAAAAAGGCCCUGCAUCCUACAAAAAAUAUGAAGUGAUUGAAAUGAAAUGAUUGGAAUUUAAUUUUCAGGUGGCAGCCUUUACAAACUGUAUAUUAUCGAGAAUUCCCUAAAAUGUUCCUUAUGAGUUGUUGAAAGAUAUUUGCUGUACCACUGAAUGCUAUGUAAAUGAGACUUAAAAAGACCAGGUUACUCGAAUGGACCUUGGCAUACUUCACAGAUCACAAAAGCUUUAACUUGUCAGAAAGUUGUUAUGAAGUAUACUUAUGAUAAAAGAACCCAAGGUGCACUUGUUUAAUUGUUCAAAAUAAAAUGAAUGAAUAUCA